AUGAGCUGGGACAACUUCAAAACCUUCAACUCCAAGCUGAAGGGCAAGGACGUCUUCACAUCCUAUACCAAGGACUCUGCCACGGCCUUUCUGAAGGAGCUUGCAGCAAAGCCAGGAGACUACGGCAUCACAGGUGAAAAGCACCAGAAAGGCGUCACGUCUGUGUGGAACAGCUUCUUCAAAGAUGGCCUAAAGGCGUCCGUCGACACCGCCGUGUCGGUCAGCUACUGCGGCGCAACACUAAACAUGCGCGACGUUGACGCCGCGCUCGGGUACGUCUUCUCAGCCUGCCCGCUCCCGUCUAGCGCGACGCCCGAAGACACGUAUCUGCCGCUUCUAGCCAUCUACUGCAAGUUCAUGUCGCUCCUCGUCGACAAGGACAUCAGCGGCAUGCAGAAGCCUCCGUACAUGGCGUGCGUGGUCGCCGGUGUGCCCCCGUCCAACGGCGGGACCGUGGCGCUCAUGUUCGGCGCCACCAUCCGCGUCACCAACAAGACCACUCUCCAGACGUUCCGCUUCGAUCAGCUCAAGACGGCGUACGCCAAUACCGACAUCACGAAGCGAGCUAAGAUUCAGAGCUACGGCCAUUGUGCCGAGACGUACCCGUAUAUUUGCAACCAGAAGUUGUCCGGCACACCCCGCGUGUUUCAAGGUAAAGUUCGGGGCAUGGCAUUGGUGGUUGGGGAUGUGGCGGCGAAGACAAAGUUUGAGCGCAGCUCGUUUGGCGAUACCCUGUGGAGGGCUCCCUGCGAGAACUGUGUCGAGCUGCCGACCUUGGGCGGCUACGUUCCAUAUGACUGCUUUCCGCACAGUGGGUAUGGAGAAAAGAGCAGCUGA